CUCGUAUGCCACUGCUUCAGUGGCUCAUGUUAGUGCUCACGCGCUUCUCCUAAGGGCUGAUCCCUUUCAAGCCUCCAGCUCCAUAGCUUGCGGCAUCGCGCACAGCAUUUCACCGUUCACCACCGCCAGGAUGGGAGACGACGGCGUGGGCCUGGCCGCGCCCCAGGUGGGCGUCAACGUGCGGCUGAUGGUGUUCAACCCCAUGGGUCGCGACAAGCCCGGCAACGAGUCCAUCCUGGUCAACCCGGAGAUCGUGGAGCAGCUGGGCGGCAAGGAGCUGGGCGAGGAGGGCUGCCUGUCCUUCCCGCGGAUAUACGGCGACGUGGAGCGCUCGCGGCAGAUCAACGUCAAGGCGCUGGAUGCCACGGGUCAGCCUGUGAAGCUGACGCUGACGGACCCCUGGGUGGCGCGCAUCUUCCAACACGAGUUCGACCAUUUGCAGGGCGUGCUGUUCCAUGACCGCAUGAAGCCCUCGGUGCUGGAGACCGUGCGGCCCGAGCUGGUGGCGCUGGAGGAGGCCUUCCUGGCGGAACACCCAGCAGCCAAGGUGCAGCGCCUGGCGCCGGCCAAGGGGGCCAAGGGGUUUGGGGCGCCCAAGAAGUAAGUAGAGGGGCAGCAAGCAGGGGCAUGGGGGCAUGGGGGUUAUGGAGAGCCGCUGUGUUGAGUGUGUGGAUGAAAUGGGUUUGACUGGCCGGAGUUGCGCAUAGGCGACACAGGGUGGACUUCUGAGCGGUUGGCAGCUGUAAAGGCAGGGAGGUGAGACCCUGCGGGCGCGGCCCAUCAUCUGGGCACAGGCAUCGAGAACGGGGGCAUUGGUGGGCCUCAACGGCAGUGUGACAAGUGCAUGCUGAGAUGUAAUUUUUGGAACUC